CCUUUCAAUGUCAAUGUCAAAAAACUAAUGUUUAUUUUUAAAAUAAAAUAGGAAAGUGAAAGAUACAAAUAGGUUAAAAAUUGUUUUUGGUUUAUUGUAAAAUUAUCCAAUAAGUAGAUAAGUACACCUUUAUAAUGAUGAAUUAUGGGAAAAAUGACACAGCUGUACUUCCGGAAAACCAUGUAUAUAUUACUCCUACCAAGCAAGUUAAAAACAUGGGUGACAUGCAACAUUGGGAAAAAUCAGAAGCAUAUCAUGAAUAUUUAGGAUUUGUUUGUGCUUUAAAUGAGGCAAUUAAAUGCAAAACUAAUUCAGCUGGUAGUGCUAAUGCUUCUGAAGAAAUUAAUAAGAUUUGCAGUCUUCUAAACUCUUUGGACACAUGGAUUGAUGAAAUUCCUCCUAUUCAGCAACCACAAAGAUUUGGUAAUCAAGCAUUUAAACAGUGGUUUGCAAAAGUCAAAGAUGGAGCUGCAGAACUGCUUCACAGUAUUUUUCCAGAAAAUUUGCACAAAACUAUACCAGAAGUUAGUGUUUAUUUAAUAGAAGGUUUUGGUAAUGCCACUAGGAUUGAUUAUGGAACGGGCCAUGAACUCUCAUUCCUGAUGUUUUUGUGUGCUCUUUUCAAAAUUGGCUACUUAAAAACUGGAGAUGGGCCAGCAGUUGCUGGUAAAGUAUUUGUAAGAUAUUUGGAGGUAGUUCGUAAAUUACAAACAACAUAUAAUAUGGAACCUGCAGGAAGUCAUGGAGUGUGGAGCUUAGAUGACUACCAAUUUGUACCAUUUAUCUGGGGGAGUUCACAAUUUAUAGGUAAUGGCCAUUUUGAACCAACAUGUUUUUUAAAGGAUAAUAUUGUGAGCAAGCAUUCUUCCGAAUACAUGUUUUUGAGCUGCAUCGAGUACAUUAACAGGGUGAAGACGGGACCGUUUGCUGAACAUUCGAAUCAAUUGUGGAGUAUAAGUGGAGUCUCUACGUGGACUAAAAUCAACACUGGUCUUAUUAAAAUGUAUAAAGCAGAGGUACUUGGCAAGUUCCCUCUUGUGCAGCACAUAUAUUUCGGCUCGAUCUUCACGUUGAAUUUAUUUAAGCCUCCUGCAGUUGUAAGACCGAGAACUAGUUUUCAAGCCCCUCAAAUGCCACCAACGUGUCAGUCCACAAUAUCUAUGUCUGCAAAGACUUCGCUGGAUAGCGUAUCUCAAAGCUCUAGUAGCGAUAUCAGUCAGGUCAUAACAUCUAGCAGAGAUUUGUCUAAUACUGGUUCCGUUAGGUCGCCAGUUAGUGAAAAUAUUACGCUGGCUAGUUUUGCAGACAGCACAGGAAAUGGUACGAGUGAUUCCGACCGACGCAGGUCUUCUGUUGGAUUUGCAACAAAUAGUGCGGAUGAAAUCAAGGUGGAUGAAAUACAAAGGAAUGAUUCGACCUGAAACAAAUAUUAAUAAAUGCGAGUUUUCAGAUUUUUUGAUUAUGUCUGAUAAAUGUAUGGUCCAAGAGCUGUGAGACAUUUUUGAGUAGGUAUUUUAGGCAACCUGAAAAUUUUUCAGGUGACUCUUCCAUGAUAGCCUAAUACAAAAAUGCCGGUCUGGCUGGAGGGCAGCGGUUAUUUUCCCCAAAAAUCCCCCCCAAAAUUAAACAAAAGGGUAAAAAUUGUUAUUACAAAAAAUAUCAUUGACGUGCCUUUAAAGUAAAUUUAAAUAUUCAAAUAUAAAGAAAAUAAACAGGCCAGGCGAUUUGAGGGCGAUUUUAACUCUGCAAAAUACUUGCAUGGGCGCCCCAGGAUUAUUUUCAGGGGAUGCAUCUGAUCUUCAGAAGAUUUCAUCUGAAUCUGUACAUACUAUUAACGAGUAUAAAAUACACAACUAUACAUGCAUAACUAUGUACAUUCCUUCCGGACAGGGAGGUGCAAUUGUUAUUUUGACAGGGUAUUUUUUAAUAUUAAAAAUAAAUAUUCUAAAAAAGACAGUUUUUUUUUGGUGAAAUUUUCCAACUGCCAGGUGAUCAAACAAAUUACGCGUGCAUAUAAAUGAAAAGCGCUAUAGAUAAGCAGCAGUGUGAGAAAGAGCGUAUACCGAUAGCUGUUUGCGUCCUCUGUUGUAGCUGAGCGAGUCCGUUCCCUCGAGAAAAAUCACGUGAGCUGGCGUUAUCCAUGUUGUUGUUCCUCGAAACGUUAGAGUAUUUAUUAUCAUAUAUUAUAGUUUUUUAAGUAACUUUUUCUUAAUUAAAGGAAAAUAAUACGUACUAUACAAUAGAUUUUGCAAAUAUGAUAGAAAAAGACAAAUUAAUUAUUAUAAAUAUAUAGGUAGAAAAGUAUAAAACUAUAAACUAAAUUAAUUCUGUUUCCGAAUCUUGUACUUCUUCUUCAAACUCCUCAGCUGAGCUUAAAUAUUCAUUCUCUUCUUCCACGUCAGACUCCCCUCGAGACUCAGAUUCCUCUUCUACAUGGUCUGUAAAUAGUUGUAAUAUGUAUUUAGAAUUAAAUAAAAAUUAAUUAGUGAUUAGCUAGCUGAGUUGUUACGUACUCUCCGUCCUUUUAUACGGAGUCGAAGCCUGGACAAUCACGGGCGCAUCUGAAGAACGACUUGCCGUUGUUGAGAUGUGGAGUGAUCGAAUAAUGUUAAAUAUAUCAAGGACACACGUAACAAACACGGAAACAUUAAUAAAGAUGAAAAAGGCAAAAGAAAUACUCAACACUAUGAAGGAAAGAAACAGGAGCUCUUUGGUCUUACCUACACUAAGACAUAAAAACGUGAUGUGAUUGGUUAUAUAAGGAAAAGUAUUAAGCAUUGGUAAUUUUUCAUUAAUUCUAAAUACAUAUUACAACUAUUUACAGAUCAGGUAGAAGAAUUUGAGUCCCGAGGGGAGUCUGAAGAAGGAGAAGAGAAUGAAUAUUUAUUUUAGCUCAUUUUUCUUUCCUUUAUAGUGUUGAGUAUUUCUUUUGCCUUUCUUUUGCCUGGAGAAAGAUACCAUGUCAAAAUAACAAUUGCACCUCCCUGUCCGGAAGGAAUGUACAUAGCUAUGCAUGUAUAGUUGUAUAUUUUAUACUCGUUAAUAAUAUGUACAGAUUCAGAUGAAAUCUUCUGAAGUUCAGAUGCACCCCCUGAAAAUAAUCCUGGGGCGCCCAUGCAAGUAUCUUGCAGAGUUAAAAUCGCCCUCAAAUCGCCUGGCCUGUUUAUUUUCUUUAUAUUUGAAUAUUUAAAUUUACUUUCAAGUCAUAUCAAUGAUAUUUUUUGUAAUAACAAUUUUUACCCUUUUUUAAAUUUGGGGGGGAUUUUUGGGGAAAGUAACCGCUACCCUCCAGCCAGACCGACAUUUUUGUAUUAGGCUAUCAUAGAAGAGUCACCUGAAAAAUUUUCAGGUUGCCUAAAAUACCUACUCAAAAAUGUCUCACAGCUCUUAUACUAGUAUAUUUAUGUAUUUUAAAAUUUAUAAUAAUAAAUUAUUGCUUUAACUUUAA